GGUUCAUGCCAGGAAACUAAAAGGGAGGGACUCAAGCUCAACUUUCAAAACCCUUUUGAGUAGAGUAUGUGUUUUUGGAAAGUUAGGCGUGGAAAUGCCAAAAUUGAUAAAGGAAGUGAAGAGGGUAUUAUAAUUAGAAACGACCUAAUUACCAUAGUGAUAAAAGAAGACGAUACUCCACUCCCACCUAAUAUAUGAAAACUUGAUUUCCAUAUAUAUAUAUAUCCACUUGUUCAACCAAAUAAGUUGUCCAUUCUCAUCACAUUUACACAAAAGUAAAAAAACACAACAAAAAAAAAAUAAAAAUAAAAAAACAAACCAAUUAAAAUGUUUGGAACGUUGUCGGAAGAAGUUGAAGUCAAGGUUGCAGCAAACAAAGCCUGGCGGCUUUAUAACUCACUCGAGCUUGGAAAACUCGUCGCUAAGCAUUUCCUUGAUAAACUCGAAGUCAUUGAAGGUGAUGGUGGUGUUGGUACUAUUCUCGAGCUUACAUAUAAACCUGUUGAAGUCAAGGUUGCAGCAAGCAAAGCCUGGAAGCUUUAUAGCUCACUGGAGCUUGGAAAACUUGUUGCUAAACAUUUUCUUGAUAAAAUAGAACUCGUUGAAGGUGAUGGCGGUGUUGGUACUAUUCUCAAGCUUACAUAUAAACCCGAGUAUGGUAUUUCGCCGUACAAAGAGAAGUUCACGAAGAUCGAUAAUGAUAAAAUGGUGAAAGAAGUCGAGAUUGUAGAAGGAGGGUUUCUAGAUAUUGGAUUUACACUUUAUAGAGUGAGGUUUGCGAUUAAAGCAAACCCAAAUGACGAAUUCACGGAUGAAUCUUGUAUCGUGCAAUCAACGAUUGAGUAUGAGGUAAAAGAAGAGGCACUUUCAAAUGUCUCUUUGGUCACCAUGGAGCCACUGAUGAUCGUUAUGAACGUUGCUAACCAACAUCUCAUAAAUUCUAGUUAAGCGCUAUAGCAAUUAUAUCUAUUUUUAAUUUUUCUUUUUUAUCUAAGUAAUAUAACGUGACAUAAGUGAAUGGAGGAUCAAACACGUACUUUUGUUA